UUGUGCUUGACUGAAGGACUUGCCAAAGAUCAUUUGUCUAACAACUGUGUCUCCUGGUGUCUGGUUUGGUGGAAGAUGGCAGCAGUGACCUUCUGGGCAGCAGUGUUGCUCACUUACGGAGUCUCUACAGGAAUUGCAAUGGUCCCCAGUGGAUCAUCUCAGGGCCAAGGUAGAUAUGCGAAGGCCUCCAGAGGAUCCUCAAAGGUCCCAAGUAGAUAUCAGAAGGCCUCAAGAGCAUCUUCGCCGGUUGCCAGUGGAUCUUCGAAUAUCCCCAGUGCAUCUUGGCAGGCUCCCAGUGGAGCUGGGCCCUCGGCUGGGGCCUCGGCUGGGGCAGACGACAUCCUAAAACUGGACAUGGCUCCAAACUCUGUUGACGACAUGUACCAAGGCUGCAAAAGAGAAAUGUACCAGAAUCUCCAAGAAUUACUGGCAAAUGAGAAGAACAAAAACCCCACAUUCAAAGGGGCCUGGGAGAGCUCAGAACAACGGUACAACAACAAAUUUAAGAAAUCAAAACCAGCCCUGGGGAAAGACCGUAUUGUAGCUAUUUACUAUUACACCUUUGGCGGAGACAAUGCGUAUCUUGAUUUCAAUAAUGCAGUUCGAACCCAGGGGCCUCAGUACAAGACCACAUUUGGGUAUCACGCACUUCACUUUCUCCUGACCGACGCCAUUCAAACUCUCAAAGAACGCAGGCUCUCAAACCUCGCUCCGGGAGAGGACGGAUGUGUCACUGGCUACCGCCGUGUUGACAAAACCUUUGACCAAGUCGUCAACACGCAGCUUCGAUUCGGCUCUUUUACCUCAAGCUCAAUGGGUCAGUACAGCAAGAAGGUAGAGAGAUUUGGAGACAAGACGUGCUUUGAGAUUUACACAUGCUUUGGAGUAGACAUCUCCAUGUAUUCUAAGUUUGAGAACGAAGGCGAAGUGCUGAUUCCUCCUUACGAGGUCUUUAAAGUGGUAGGGGUGAAGAAGAGAUCUCAGUAUAAGGAUCUUCCAUGUGAGGUGGAAUAUAAACUCAGGAGUACAAAAACAUUUGUCUCCAAUUUGAAUUGUGCUCUUAUUAAGAAGUAAAGCACUCUCACGUUUUACAUACAGUUAACAAAACGUCAAAUUUAGGAUUUAGGACGCACUGUUUUAAAUGUUGUGUUAAUCAAAAUUCAUCUGAGUAUGGAUUUAUUUGUUAACAUUUGAAUGACUCAUCAAUAUCACACUGACUUUAAACACUGAACACACAGAGGUUUACAGCAACAAGUGUUUCAAGAAAAAAGAUGCAUUAAAAUUAAUCUCUAAAUUGUGUAAUUGUUGUACUGGGUCUGUAUUAAAAUGUUAAAAUGAAAAUCAAAAAUUUGUAAAUUGUUUGAAACAAUUGUAGUAAUGCAUUGUGUUAUUGCCUGUAUUACCUGUAUUUAAAGUGGAUGCAUAAUCUGUCCUACAAAGUUACUGUAUGAAAACUGUGUCAAAAAAGAAAUGGAAUAAUAAUUAAACACACUUGUGUUCACAA